UCCUUAAUGCUGAUUUAAAAAAUCUCACCAAUAUAAGGGUUCUCUAUGUACUCUGCUACAGGGAAUCUCUGUUCCUGCAGAGGUUCAACCAAUGUUGAGGGAGUCGACAAUGGUGACAUGGAAAGUUAUAACGAUCCUAUCGACUGAAAAUUUAUGGUUAUAGUGGUAGAUGUAAACCGAACAACACUGCACAUCUUCCACUCCAAUUACAAUCAUAAGAUGAUAUUGUCAUCCACUACACAUCUCAAUAUCACAGCAUUAUGUAGAGAGGGCCAGUUGAAGGAGGCGCUGCACAUUCUGCUUACCACACACAACCCCCCCGAAAACUCUUCUACAUAUCUUCAAUUAUUGCAGACCUGCAUUUUCAAAAACACGCUUUCACAAGGGAAAAAUGUCCACUCUUUCAUCGCUCACAGGCGUUAUGCGUUUACUACAGGCACAACUUUUCAUAAUAAACUUAUUUACAUGUAUGCCAACUGCGGAAGUUUGUUGCAUGCUCGUAAAGUGUUUGACCACAUGAAUGAACGAGAUAUCGUCUCAUGGAACACGCUUAUUGCAGCAUACAGAAGACUUGGGUAUCCUCAGGAGGCAGUCACACUGUUUCACCAAAUGCAACGAACAGGUUUCCAACCCGAUCAGUUCACAUAUGCCAGCGUACUUCCAGCCUGUGCUAAAAUGGGGGCUUUGGAACAGGGCAUGGAUAUCCAUCAAAGCGCAAAGGAUAGAGGAAUUUUGUCGGAUGUUGUAGUUGCAAGCGCACUGGUAGAUAUGUAUGCAAAAUGUGGAAACAUAGACAAGGCAAGUGAACUGUUUGGCAAAAUGCCUCAAAGAAAUGUAGUAUCAUGGACUGCAAUGAUUGCAGGUUAUGCACAAAUUGGAAAUGUUGAAAAGGCUUUUGUAACUUUCAAGCAAAUGCAAUUAGCAGGGGUUAAGCCAAAUUCCACAACCUUUGCCAGUAUCCUCCCUGCCUGUGCCAAAAUGGGGGAUUUUGAACACGGUAUGUACAUUCAUCAAAGCAUAAUCGAAGAGGGAUUUUUGUCAGAUAUUAUAGUUGGAAAUGCUCUGGUAGACAUGUACGCAAAAUGUGGAAGCAUAGACAAGGCACGUGAAUUGUUUGACAGUAUGCCUAAAAAAAAUGUAGUCUCAUGGACUACAAUGAUUUCAGGAUAUACACAAAAUGGACUUGUUGAGAAAGCUCUUGAAACUUUCAAGCAAAUGCAAUUAGCAUGUGUAAAGCCGAAUUCCACCACCUUUGUCAGCAUCCUCCCUGCCUGUGCCAAAAUGGGAGCUUUGGAACAGGGCAUGGACAUCCAUCAAAGCAUAAAGGAAGGGGACUUUUUGUCAGAUAUCAUAGUUGGAAAUGCUCUGGUAGACAUGUAUGCAAAAUGUGGAAGCGUAGACAAAGCGUAUGAAUUGUUUGAUAGAAUGCCUCAAAGAAACGCGGUCUCUUGGAAUACCAUGAUUGCAGGAUAUGCACACAAUGGAUUUGUUGAAAAGGCUUUAGAAACUUUCAAGCAAAUGCAAUUGGCAGAAGUAAAGCCAAAUUCUACAACCUUUGCCACCAUCCUUCCUGUCUGUGCCAAAAUGGGAGCUUUGGAACAGGGUGUGGACAUCCAUCAAAGAAUAUUGGAAGGGAGAUUUUCGCUAGAUAUUGUAGUUGGAAAUGCUCUAGUAGACAUGUAUACAAAAUGUGGAAACAUAGACAAGGCACGUGAACUGUUUGAUAGAAUGCCUGAAAGAGAUGUGGUCUCAUGGACUGCAAUGAUUGCAGGAUAUGCACAAAAUGGAUUUGUUGAGAAGGCUUUAGAAACCUUCAAGCAAAUGCAAUUGGAAGGCAUGAAGUCAAAUUCUACAACAUUUGCCAGCAUCCUUUCUGCCUGUGCCAAAAUGGGAGCUAUAGAGCAUGGUAUGGACAUCCAUCAGAGCAUAAUGGAAGGGGGAUAUUUAUCAGAUAUCAGAGUUGGAAAUGCUCUGAUAGACAUGUAUACAAAAUGUGGAAGCAUGGAUAAGGCAUGUGAACUGUUUGACAGAAUGCCUCAAAGAGAUGUGGUUUCAUGGACCGCGGUUAUUGCAGGAUAUACACAAAAUGGGUUUAUUGAAAGAGCUUUAGAAACUUUCAAGCAAAUGCAAUCUGCAGGUGUAAAGCCAAAUCCCACAACCUUUGCCAGCAUCCUUCCUGCCUGUGCCAAAAUGGGAGCUUUAGAACAAGGUAUGGACAUCCAUCAAAGCAUAAUUGAAGGGUGUUUUUCGUCAGAUAUUAUAGUUGGAAAUGCUCUGGUAGACAUGUAUGCAAAAUGUGGAAGCAUAGACAGGGCACAUCAACUGUUUGACAGGAUGCCUCAAAGAGAUGCCAUCUCAUGGAAUUCAAUGAUUGCAGGAUAUGCACAAAAUGGAUUUUGCAAAGAUGCUCUCGAAACCUUUGAAUUAAUGAAGCAGUCUGGAACAUAUCCUGACAUUAUAAGCUUUUCUUGUGUUUUAUGUGCAUGUAGCCAUGCAGGUUUAGUGGAUGAGGGCUGUACAUACUUCAACUAUAUGAGUAACCCUUAUUACAUCACCCCUACCAUUGAUCAUUAUGUGUGCAUGGUUGAUCUUCUUGCUCGUGCUGGCUAUCUUGAGAACACCCUAAACUUUAUUAUUAAGAUGCCAGUUAAACCUAUGGUGGUUGUGUGGAUGCGUUUUCUUGGUGCCUGUAGAUCACAUAUGAAUAUAGGCUUGGGAGUGUUUACAGCGAUGAUGAUUCUUGAUUUGGAUCCAGAAAAUGCUGCAACUUAUGUUAUUCUCUCAAACAUCUAUGCAGAAGUGGACAGAUGGGGUGAGUUUCAAAUGGUAAGGAAACUGAUGGAAGAUAAAGGAAUUAAAAAGAUUCCUGGAUGUAGCUGGAUUGAAAGCCACAAAAUGGUACAUGUUUUUUGUGCAGGAGAUAGAUCACAUCCACAGACACAAGAGAUCUAUGCAAAGUUGGAGAAACUGGCUUGUGAGAUGAAGGCAGCAGGGUAUUCUCCGGAUCCAAGACAUUUAUUUAAUGAUGUGGAAGAAGAGGAAAAAGAAUCAUUUCUUGGCUACCAUAGUGAAAAGUUGGCAAUUGCAUUUGGUUUGUUAAACACACCACCUGGAACAACUAUUAGAGUUGUUAAGAACCUUCGAGUAUGUGCUGAUUGCCACACUGCAACAAAAUUUAUCUCCGAGAUUGUUGCAAGAGAAAUUGUUGUGAGAGAUGUGAACCGUUUCCAUCAUUUUAAACAGGGGCAAUGUUCUUGCAGAGAUUAUUGGUGAUGCUAAAUGAGAUAAUCUGAAAAAUAGAAACCUGCAUGUGUAUGAAAUAAAAAGCUGGAAGAGGUGGAAAAUGGGGGAAAAAAACAGUAAGGAACACUUCAAGUAAAUGGGAGAGGAGGGCACAAACUAUCCCUUGCCAUUUUGUAUUGUUUUUUGGUUUGGAUUAAUGAUAUUAUCUUUUGCCUGUCAGCCUAACCAUUUGAAAAUAAAUGAUAC